AUGAACGGCAAUCCUGUCUCGCUGGGUUCUCAAGAGGUUUCGUCAUUAGAAGCGCGUUUCGCACAAGAAAACGCGGAGACUUGGAUUGCAAUCGGAACGUGUGCAGAUACCAUCGGAAAUGUCGAGAAGGCCGUUGAGGCUUUCUCCACAGCAUUACGGUAUACCCCAAAUAAUCCAAAGGCUUUGACACAGCUCGCCAACGUUUACAGAACAAGAGACGCUUUUGCCGAGGCGGCAGAUCUGUACCGCAGAGCCUUGUCUUUGGACCAGAACAACGGUGAAACGUGGGGUCUUCUCGGGCACUGUUACCUGAUGCUAGACGACUUGCAAUCUGCCUACACCGCCUAUCAGCAGGCGCUUCUCAAUCUGCAGAACCUGAGCGUUCCGAAAUUAUGGCAUGGAAUCGGUAUUUUGUAUGACAGAUACGGCUCUUUGGAGUAUGCAGAGGAGGCGUUUGUCCGAGUUUUGGAAAUGGACCCUCAGUUCGACAAGGCGAACGAAAUUUACUUUCGGCUCGGAAUCAUCUACAAACUUCAGGGCAAAUUGUCUAAAGCCCUGGAAUGCUUCCAUUAUAUAUUGUCCAUGCCUCCGGCCCCUCUGACCCAGACCGAUGUUUGGUUCCAAAUAGGGUCCGUCUUGGAGCAGAACAGAGACUACAAUGGUGCCAAGGAGGCCUAUGAGCGCGUGUUGCAGAACAACCCUAAUCACUCCAAGGUUUUGCAACAACUGGGAUGUUUGUACUCACAGCAGGAAGCCCCAUUCCACGACUUCGACGUGGCCCAGCAGCUCCUGAGACAAUCGAUUGAACUCAACAAUGCAGACGCCCACUCUUGGUACUACCUUGGCCGUGUUUACAUGUCCAAGCAAGACUAUCCGAAUGCUUAUGAGGCUUUCCAGCACGCCGUCAAUAUCGACUCGAGAAAUCCAACGUUCUGGUGCUCUAUCGGUGUUCUAUACUACAAAAUCAGCCAGUAUAAGGACGCGCUGGAUGCAUACACCAGAGCCAUCCGUCUCAAUCCUUAUCUAUCCGAAGUCUGGUACGAUCUCGGUACUCUGUACGAGACGUGCAACAACCAGAUUGGGGAUGCUCUCGACGCCUACCACCGCGCGGCAUCUCUCGACCCUAGCAACCCACACAUCCAAGAAAGACUCAUGCAGCUCACCAAGUACCAGAAAGAAGGCGGUGUGCCACCUCCUCCCCCUCAAAGCCACCACCAACUGACCAUGCCU